GUUUGUGUAUUUGUGUGUGUAUUUUCAAAUUGAAAUGAAAACAAUGUUUUAAAAAUUUUAUGUUCAUCAUGAAUGGUUUCAUACCAAAUACAUUGAAUCAUGUUGUUGGUGGUGGUCAACAACAACAAGCUCCUGGACCACCACCGCAACAACAACCGGUUAUUGUUAUGAAUGGAGCCAUACCAAAUCAUCUUCAUCAUAAUCAACAACAUCAAAAUCAUUUACCAAAUGGUUUUCAUCAUCAUCAUCAACAGCAACAACAACAACAACAACAACAACAGCAUCCUGUUGUUCAUUAUGUACAGCAUCCAAAUCCACAACAACAACAACAAGGUCAACCUCAAUUGAUAAUUCCAAAUGGAAAUGUGAUACAUUUGGCUCCAAGCCCACAACCACCACCACCACCAUUGCCAUCAUUACAGCAACAAGGCGAAAUUUAUGUACAAAGACAGCCAAGAAUAAUGAUGGUUAAUGGUGGUAUAUCUGGUGCCAUUUUACCUAAUCAAUCACAACAACAGCAACAACAAUCAAAUAUUCGAUUGGCUCCAAGAGCCCAACAACAACAACAACGUAUGAUUCGUUUAACUACAAACGGAACAUAUGCAGCAACUAAUAAUAAUAAUGGUAACGGUAAUGUUACCGCUAUUAUUGGAACCAAUAAUGGUAUUAAUGGUUUACGAACACCACCAAUAUCAACAACAUUAAUAUUAACAAAACAACCACCACCAAAAUGUAUACUUUGUUGUUUAGCUUGUUUUGGUAUGGAAUCAUUAUGGUUUAAUCCUAAUUUCCAUUUUUCAAGAGUUAUCGCAUUAAUAUGUAACAUUUUAGUUGAUUUAUUGAUGAUAUUAUGUUUAUUAUCAACAAAUUGGUUAACAACAAUAAAAUAUCGUCAAGGUCUUUGGCAAUAUUGUAUAGAUAUUGAUUCACCACGUCCAUUACCAUUUGGUCUUGAUGAUCAUGAUGGUUGCCAUUGGGGACGUAAUGCUGCUUAUAUAAAAUUAUCUGGAUUUUUUGCUGUAGCAUGUUUUUUAUUGGCAAUCAUUGCAACAAUAUUAACUUCAUUCGGUCUAUCAUCUCGUGAUCCAAAUAAAAAAUAUACAUUUUAUCGUUUUGCAUUGUACAUUAAUCUUGGCGCUUUGUUAGCCAUAAUUGUUUCAUUAACAUUAUAUCCGGCCUUUUUUUAUUCCGAAUUACAUCAUACAAAUAUGGUACCAUCAAAUCGUCCACAUUGGUAUUUUGGUUGGGCAUAUGGUGUUGGUUGGGGUGCGGCAAUAUUUUUAAUUGGUGCCAUUCUUCUAUUAGUAUGCGAUAAAGAAACUGAAGAAAUUUAUUAUCAAGAACGUACUAUUGUACAUGCUAAUAAUGGUGGUGCCAGUAAUCAUUUAUUACAACAUCAACAUCAACAUCAGUUAACGAAUAAUCAUCAUCAUUCAAAUAAUCAUCAACAAUCGAUCAAAGCUUGAUUGAAAGAAACAAAUGAAAGAAUGUCCUCCUUCUUCUUCUUAUUCCUUUUUCUGUCAUCAACAUUAUCAACAUUAUUUCCAUCCUUUUUUCCUUCACCUACCUCUCUCUUUUGAUUAUUUGCCAUAUUACACGAUAUAACAACCAACCAACCAUCAUUAUAAUAUUGACGGAUAGAGUAAGGUGAUGAUGAUGAUGAUGAAUUUUUUUUUAGAGAUAAAUUUAUUUCCGGUGAUGAAUUUUUUAAAUUAUAAGCGUGGGUAGGUGUUUGCGUAUGUAAAUUGAAACAGUGUUUGUUUGUGUGUGUGUGUAGGUGUUAAAUUUGUUGAUUUUUUGAUAUAAAUAUUGUCUGUGUGUGUGUUUAUUUGCUUCUGUUUUUCGUUUUGGUUUUCAUUUUGUAUCUGGUUAUAAUAAACGCUGGUUAUAACAUUAUCAUUGAUGAUAAUGGAAUUUAUUUUUAUCUUUUUUUCCAU